AUCGUUUUUCAUGUCAAACAUCUAUGCAAUUACAUUCUAGUUCUCCAUUCUAAGGAAACAAAACGAAACUAUAUCGAUCGGAACAAAAAAGUAACGCAACCAUCUGUGCUCUCUAUUAGUGAUAGAACGGAUCGUCCUAACAAUAAGAUGGCUGGGCGUUACAACAUGGAAACUAGCAGCGAGGGGGAGGCAUCUUCACCCAACUCCAGCAACAGCAGUGACUGGAGCGAGGCUGACGAUUCCAUUUCGAUCUACAGAGAGGAGAUCAAUGAGGUCACGGAGGUCGCUCUCGAUUUGACGACCGACUCGCGGAUGCCGAUCCCGUUUGCUGACCAGCCGCAGACAGCGUCCAACUUGAAUUCUGCUUCGGCUGCCUCACUUAGUGCUCAGGGGCCCACCCAGUCCCAGUCCCAGUCCCAGUCCCAGUUCGGAGCUAAUUCCCCCUACAUCCAGUAUCUGGUGAACAAAUUUUCGAACUACUCCGUGGUAACUAUGUAUCACGUAGAGUUUGAGAUAAACCAAAUUCUCUUCAAAGCUGAUAUGGGAACGUACCAAAACGCCGAAUAAAAAACCACAUUUUUCCAAAC